AUGAGACAAAGGGACACACCUUCUCGUUUCAAGAAAAAAGCUCAAGAGGAAUCGUCAACAUAUCAUGAAGACAAGAAAGGUCCACAAAAGAACGAGCAUUACGAUCCGAGUUAUGGCUUCGAGCCGUACUGGACGGGCGGCGACUGGGCACUGAACAAGUUCGCUGAGCAGCAUAAAACGAAUGGAUCUAAAUACCUGUGUGAAGAUACCCGAAGACAAUUGAAUUUGACUGAAUUCCUUGAGGACCGCAAGAGAGAGCAAGUUACCGUACAGCCCAGUGCGUACGGCGGUCCAAAGAGAAAUAAAUUUUACGACCCAAACUAUGGAUACGAGAUAUAUUGGGCAGACGGGAACUGGGUGUUGGAGUGGUUCCACAAGUUUCAAAGAAAGAACGAGUCUUCGUGCGACGAGAAGUGUGUGGCAAUGCACUACAAAUACGGUAAAGUUUGUGGCAGGAACAAGCGUUUCGAGUCGAGAACCUUUGACGACAUGUGCCAGAUGCGCCAUUUUGACUGCGCAGACGAUGAUGGUUGGGUACCAGUGUAUCGGGGUGAGUGUAGGCCUGAUCUGAAGGUGAUUACGACCUUACCCUCAAGUACCGUCACGCCACUACCGUUCCCUUCAAUGGCUGAUAUCUACGUCGCAGAAUUUGAGGCCAGACAUCCCCAUCUAAGCAACUACUAA